AUGGUUGAGCCUAACGAAGUAAAUGAUGCCCACUUGGCCUCUAAACCUAUUCCACAGAGAAGAAAACCACGCAAACUAAGACAUAAACGACCGCCAUCUCAUGGUCUCGCCGAGGAAGUAGAGAAGGAACCAAUUGUUGAUACGCUAAGCACUCAAAGAGAAACUGUCGUUUUUAAGACGUCUGAGGAGGAAUCGAACUUUGAGGACGCGUUGGAAGAAGAGUCUUCCGCCAUCGAGGCUCAACUCCAACCGGUCCCUCAACGACAACGCAAGACUAUUCGGAAUAAGCCUUUCCGUAACGAGGAGGAGGAACGCGACGUGGCCGAGGGUGAAGGUGUUCCAGUUGCUGCUGAACGCCAGAGACUGAGACGCGGCCGACGCGGCGACCAAGCCCUCAUUCAGUCAAACACCAUUGACAGUGCUGGGAGAACAGUCGGACAGUCCAGCGAUUUGGUGCUCAAUAGAACUGAGGGCGUGGUGGGAACGGUUAAAGAUACCACUGGACGAGUUCUCGGGAGGCCGUCAGAGCAAAGUGAACAGUUAAAGAAGGAGAAGGAUGAACCGUUGAAAUUGCGGUUGGACUUGAACCUGGACUUGGAGGUUCAGCUAAAAGCGAAGAUCUCCGGAGACCUGACGCUCACAUUAUUGUUAGUAUCUGCCCCUGCGCACAAUGAAUUCGGAUAUUCAUUGCGGACUGAUUAA